UGAAGUAGUGCGAUUUCAAUAUGGCGACUGACAAUAUUACCGAUAAUCGUGAAAUAAGCCAUAAAGGAACAUUCAAACCACAAAUAAUUUUAUUAUUCAGUGGUAAAAGAAAAUCUGGGAAAGAUUAUAUUACAAAUGCUUUGCACGAAAGAAUUGGACAUGAUAAGAGUGAAAUUAUAAGACUGUCUGGACCAAUUAAGUUUCACUGGGCUAAAUCUCUUGGUCUGGAUAUCGAUCAACUUUUAGGAGAUGGAAAAUACAAAGAAAAUUAUCGCCUUGAAAUGGCAAAAUGGGGAGAAAACAUCAGGAACAAAGAUUAUGGCUAUUUUUGUCGUGCAGCUCUAGAAAUGUAUAACGCAUAUAGCAAACCUAUAUGGAUAGUAAGUGAUACAAGAAGAAAAACUGAUAUACAAUGGUUUAUGGAAAAUUUUAAAAAUAUAUGUAAAAUAAUUCGCAUUGAAUCAGAUGAUUCAAUUAGAAACAAACGUGGCUGGUUGUUUACCCCAGGUAUUGAUGAUUCAGAAACUGAAUGUAAUUUGGAUGAUGUAGAUAUAUGGGAUUUGAAAGUGAUAAAUAAUAAUGAGAGCAUAGAAUAUAUAUUAGAGCAAAUAUUUAAACUAAUUAAUUAGUGAACCAUAUCACAAAUGUAUAAAUUAACAUUAUGUACACAUACAUAUAUAUAUAUGUAUGUAUGUAUAUACACUUGUAAAAAAUGAAUCUUUUUAAGUGAUUUACAAAAAAUAAAAGAGCAAUACAAAUUAAUUGUAUUCUUAGACGAGUUUGAAAAUUAAAUUGUAAUUAAAUAAAUGUUGUUACGAAUGGA